GAAGGGCGGAGGGGAGGGGCAGGCGGAGCCCUGGAGGGAGGCACCGGGCCGUAGGCCAAGCCGACCGGGGGCACUGUGACAAGAAGGAGGGAAGAAGCAACCCGACUCCGCAGCAGGCGUCCAUCCGGCCCACGCCCCACCCGGGGCAGGGGCCAGGCUCCUCUGACCGAGCGCCACUGCCCCUGUGCCCUUGGGCUACUCCUUUCAAUACCAUGGCCCUUUCUCUGUCCUGCAGCACUGGCUGCAAAAACUAACUUCUGCAGGUGCUUGCUCCUCACCUCCCAGAUAUGUGAGGAAGAGGAGGAUAAGAAAGCCCUAGAACCCGAUUCCAGUAGGCCUGGGAUCAUCCUGCCACCAGGAGAGAAACCAGGUCACAAUUUGGGUUCGCAGCAAAAAUGCUUUCGGAACAGACAGCAGCCCUGGGGACAGGAUGGGAGUCAAUGCAUGUCCAGCUGGAUGGAGCAGAGCCCCACAUGGAAAGGGGAAGCCAAGAAGAGGGGCUAUGGAGAACAGCACCAGGGCCACUGGAACACCUGUGCUGUGACCUUGAAGAAGAGCCACAGUCCCUUCAGGAAAAGGCUCAGUCGGCUCCCUGGGCUCCCGCCAUUCCCCAGGAGGGGAGCACCGGAGAUUGGGAGAUGGCAGCUGCACUUCUUGCAGCCGGAUCACAGGGCUUGGUAACCAUCAAGGAUGUGUCACUGUGCUUCUCUCAGGAGGAGUGGCGGAGCCUGGACCCUUCUCAGACAGACUUUUAUGGAGAAUAUGUCAUGCAGGAAAACUGUGGGAUAGUGGUCUCUCUAAGAUUUCCAAUUCCAAAGCUGGACAUGCUUUCUCAACUAGAAGGAGGGGAAGAACAAUGGGUCCCCGACCCACAGGAUUUAGAAGAGAGGGACAUCCUGAGAGUCACAUACACAGGAGAUGGAAGUGAGCAUGAGGGGGAUACCCCUGAACUAGAAGCAGAACCUCCCAGAAUGUUAUCUAGUGUGUCUGAAGAUACUGUUCUCUGGAACCCGGAGCAGGAUGAGAGCUGGGAUUCCAUGCCCAGAAACUCCAGAGGAAUGCUCCUAGGCCCACCUUUUCUUCAGGAAGAUAGCUUCUCAAGUCUUCUGAGUAGCACAGAGAUGGACUCCCUAUUAAGACCGCACACAUGUCCCCAAUGUGGGAAACAGUUUGUGUGGGGCUCCCACCUUGCCAGGCACCAGCAGACUCACACUGGGGAGAGGCCCUACAGCUGCCUCAAGUGUGAGAAGAGCUUUGGACGAAGACAUCACCUGAUCCGACACCAGAAAACCCACCUACAUGACAAGCCCAGCAGGUGCUCUGAGUGUGGCAAGAAUUUCCGAUGCAACUCCCAUCUGGCCAGCCACCAGAGAGUGCAUGCAGAAGGCAAAUCCUGCAAAAGCCAAGAGGCUGGAGAGAGCCCUGGGGCUAGGAAGCGGCAGCGUGCCCCACCGGUGCCAAAGUGCCACGUGUGCACUGAGUGUGGGAAGAGCUUUGGCCGACGGCACCACCUGGUGAGACACUGGCUGACCCACACUGGGGAAAAGCCCUUCCAGUGUCCUCGCUGUGAGAAGAGCUUUGGCCGGAAACACCACCUGGACAGGCACCUGCUGACCCACCAGGGACAAAGUCCCCGGAGCAGCUGGGACAGAGGGACAUCUGUCUUUUGAAACCUGUUUCUGCUAUAGCUGUGCUCACAUCUAUCAGCUGGUGCUACCAGGAGUCUCUGCCAGAGCUGCCCCUCUCCUGUCCACAGUGGCCAGGAUCCUUGGCCUUACCCCUAAAGAUGAGGUUCCAGCAUUGGUGAGAGCAUUUCUCACCAGUUCUGUGAGAUACCACAUAAAAUAGUUCUUUGGGCAAAACUUUUGGGAAACAGUGCUUACAACAUGGGCUGAAAUUCAGCCUGAGCCCUUCUCAAGGGUAAUGGUACCAGUGUUUAUGGCUGAGGUCCAUUCUGAUUGGUUGGAGCCUGUGCCAUACCAGUUGUUAAAUAUUUCGAGUAUCACCAUUGUAUAUCGUGACUGUUAUAUUCUCUUUAUAUAUAUGUCUAUAUAUGUGUGUAUAUAUGGAGAGAGAGAAAGACCAUGUUGGCAUAUUAAAGGCUCUGAAAAUUUACGCAGUAGAGCAAAUUGUUAAGCCUCUUAAUGCAGUGUUUCCUAACUGUAUUUGACCUCAUUUUUCUUUCUGUCUUACAUCCCACAGAACUGGUGACUCCAUGAAGCACUCUAGUGAACACUGGGUUAGAGUAAUAAGGAAAGAGCCCCCAUAUGUUAUCCAAAUGAAAGCCGAGGGGCAGAUCUCAUUCCUGUGCGGGUCCAUCACCCUCACCUCAGUCAUCCAAAUAUACAUACAUCCACACCUCUCAUCUCACCUGCCGAAGAAUAGAAACAACUUUUCACCCCUUAUUUCUACUCCCUUUAUCCUGCACACACAUAUGUCCAGCUGAGAGAUCAUACUACCAUGCUAAGAGAUGGACCUUACAUACCCCCAAGUAAUCCAGACUCACAGAAGAAAAAAACUGUAUCCCCUGGGACAGUCUCCUCUUCUCUUGAUUGUGUCUUUAUGUGUCUGUGUGUGUAUCUGUGUACAGGGUUUUCGAAGAGAGCAUGCAAAGUGCAAACUGUAAAGGCUAAAUUUUCUAGGGGUUGUGUUCUGUUCUGGUGUUGAGGGUAGUGGGGAUUGUAUAGGGUUUUUAUUUUGUUUCAAGAUAGGAAGUAAGCAGAGUGCUUAAGGGAACCUUAAUGGAAAAAGUUAAGUGAUGGCUUAUGUUGUGGGAGUUGAAGUAUAAAGCCUUCUUGAAUGUCACUGAGAUCAAGACAACUGAAUAUAUAUGUUUAGGUCUGAAUCUUUGGCCCACAGGUUCUUUUUGCUUGGGUAGAGACAGCAAGAAACAUCCUUGGUGGGGUGAGCUGUUCUUGUUGAUUUCAAGCAAGAUGCAUCUAGAGCUCUGUGCUUAGUGUGUUUUGUUUGUUUUUGGUCUUGUUUUAAGUGCUGGGAAACUAGGACAGGAAUCACAGUGCUUACAGGUUGUUGUCAUUACUCUUGUUUGACCUUGAUUGCCUCAACAAGGUGGCAGAGUUUUUCUUGAAGAUCUCAUCUUCCCAGAAACAGAACUUUGGGAGAGAUGGCUGUGGUUUAGCUUUUCAGCUGAUAGGAGGUAAUGAGCUUUCCAUUUGGUUUUUCUCACAAUUCUGGGAACGUGUACACACUAAGAGUCUUAACUCCAGGACUUGCAUAAGUAUUCUAGCAUCUGUUAGUUGGUGAGUUGGUUGUUGUUCCUCUUUAUUGAUGAUGUAUUAGUACUGAUCUUAUAAUUUAAAAAUUAUCUUAGCAGUUUGGAGUUAGGGAGGGAGAGGAGCAAAGGUGAAAGUAGAUAUUUUCUCUUUAACGCUUAGAUUCUGGUUUUUCCUCAACACACUAAUUUUUCAACUAUGGUUGGUGAAAUUAGCCAGAGAGGUAAGAAGGAAGUGAAUGGAAACAAUCUAGUCUAAUAGGAAUUUGGUUAGGAAAAACAGGGUGAACCAUAGCUCCUCAGAGUCCUGGACCCAAAUGAAGCUAAAAAUAGGGUCACUUUGCUGAAUGGGUUUCUUAGAAUGGCUAUGACUUGAUCACCACAGUCCCUGCCAUCCUUCUGCAUCCAAAGCAAUCUUCUGUCUUUGGAAUGCACUUCUCUUGUAUAUGUUCCUAUGAAUAGAGCAAAAUGGCCAACCCUUUGCAGGGCAGCCUUGUCCCAGGUCCUCAGAGACAGGAGCAUUUUAGGGUUAGGAGAUGCCCCAAGGAAUAGGAAAGUAUGGCAUUCCAGUGGUAAAACUGGACUAUGCCAUUUCUUUUACCCUCCCUCUAUGCCUCAUUCAUUCAUGCCAAUCAGCUCUAUUAAGCAAUGGUUCAGAACUUGUUUUGGAUCACAGACCUCUGUGAGAAUCUGAUAAAAAUCAGGAACUCGUUUUUGGAAAAAAGAAAAAAAAAACAUUAGCAAUUCACUCAGUUUUUCAUACACAUUUAGCAGGCUGGGUCCAAGAAGGGGAGUUGCCCCAACCCAGUAUGGUCAUUAGGUAUUUGUGUCAAGAAUUACAAGGCAAGGGUCACCAAGUAGUUUAACGAAUAUGUUACCAGAGGCAGUAUGGUAUAAAGAAGAUAGGUUCUGGUCUUUAAUGACCAGAGGGUAUUGCUUACAGUCUAGUUUAUGUUUUUUUUUUAAAGUUAUGCUGACAAAACCAGCUCCUCACAAACUUUGUUUUAAAAUUUUGUAGGAGGUGACUCCAUACUCGCAGAUCACACCUCUUAAUAAUCAGAUGUUAACCUCCAGCCUUUGAUCUGUUUUAGUAAUUCUAAGGACAGGAAGCGAAACCCCUAGGUGUAGGUGCUGUCACAGCGCACAGCUGAAGGCACAAGGGCCUUCUACAGAAGGGGCAUCCCUUUAGGGCAUUCCUGGUGUACCACUGUCUUCUCUACCUCGAUCCAACACCACUUCCCUUGGAUAAAAAAUAAAAUACACAACAGCCAUCAUGGGUGAAUAGAUUUGAAUGAUUUUCCUACAGGGAUUCAGCCUCAAACUCUCAUCUUUCUCCCAACUCCCUCUGCCACAUGUCCAUCCUAAUUACUUUAAAUAAAAAA